CGCGUCGCUCAACCCUCGCUCGGCGCUGAUAGACCCAGAACGCCACAGUAUGUGAACUGACAUUGGAAGUUGAAAACACAUUGUUCAUACGGCAGACUGCGACGUUUUCUUACACCCAGCGCGAGCGAGCCUACGUGAGCGUGAAAUGGCACCGACGCUGCGCUUGGUCGCGCUCCUGUGCGCGCUCGCCAGCUUUGGUCACGUCGUCGAAUUCACCACCGCCGCUUCCGUGGCCACCAGAGAGGAUUUCACGUGGAAACACCACAAUAACGAGGAAUUGGCGGAAGUUCUGAAAGCGAUCCACGAGAGAUGUCCUGGUAUAACGCGGUUAUACGCGCUGAGCGAGGCCUCUGUUCGAGGGGUACCACUCUACGUCAUAGAAUUCGCCAUGACGCCGGGAAAGCAUCGACCGCUUGUUCCGGAAUUCAAAUACAUUGCAAACAUGCAUGGUAACGAAGUAUUAGGAAGAGAGUUACUGUUAGGUUUAGCUCAUCACCUUUGUGAAGGAUAUCGCACCGGUGAUCCUGAUCUUAUGACACUUUUAGCAAACACUCGCAUCCAUCUCAUGCCCAGCAUGAAUCCUGAUGGAUGGCAAACUGCUACCGAAGUCGGCGGAAAAGAUUACUUAAUAGGUCGAUCAAAUAAUAGAUCAAUAGAUCUCAACAGGAACUUCCCAGAUCUCGAUAGGAUUAUGUUUGAUAAUGAAGAGACGCACGACUUCAACAAUCACCACUUAACUAUGGUCGAUAGAUUAAAUGAACCACUUCAACCAGAAACGAGAGCUGUAAUGCGUCUUAUAAUGCAAGUGCCAUUUGUUUUAUCUGCUAAUAUGCAUGGAGGAGACUUAGUUGCAAACUAUCCAUACGAUAGCAGUCGGUCUGGUGCUGACUAUGAUGAAUAUACUGGAACACCAGAUGAUAAUACAUUCAGACAUCUGGCAUUGUCAUAUGCGACAAAACAUGCCGACAUGGCGUCCAAGACGAGAAGUGGAUGUGAUGGGCCUAAUUUCGGAGAAAAUGGAGGAAUCGUCAAUGGAGCACAAUGGUACAGCGUAUCGGGAGGCAUGCAAGAUUUUAACUACCUAUCAUCGAAUGACUACGAAAUCACUCUCGAGUUGGGAUGCAAAAAGUACCCACCAGCUUCAGAAUUGAAAAAGGAAUGGGAACGAAAUCGUGAGGCAAUGAUACACUAUAUUUGGCAAUCUCACAUAGGUAUCAAAGGACUAAUUUCGGACGCUCGUGGGCGUCCUAUAUCAAAUGCUGUGGUCCAUGUUACGAACAUCACCGAUGGCAUGAGACAUGAGAUUGACCAUGAUGUUACUUCAGUGUAUCGUGGCGACUAUUACAGGUUAUUAACGCCUGGAGAAUAUGAAGUGACCGCAUAUAAAACGGGUUACAUGCCUCAAACGAAAAUCGUGACGGUUACCUCAAAGGAACAUGCGCCAGCACAACGCGUCGAUUUCAAGCUAACUGCCUUGGAGGACCUAUUGCAGAAGGAUAUGGACGAUAAAAUGAGUGGAUUCGACAAAUAUUUUUAUGAUGAAGAUAGACAAUCAAUGUAUGAUUAAAAUAUUCCGUUGCUUCCCAUUGUGCAUUGUUUAAACACACAUAUCAGUGUAGAAUCCAUGUGGUGAAUGUCAGUAAAGUUUAAUAAAUAAAAUAUAAACAAUAUCCUCUAUAAGUGCAUAGUCAAUAUAA